GUGUGAUACUUCAUACCAUUCAAGAUCCCAUGUGAUUAUUCUUCCUCAUUUAAAUCUCCCUAGAUGCCCAAGACCUUCUGAAACUCAGGCGAGCAUCGAGGCAGAAUUCCGAAUUCGAGCUAUCUCAAGCACCAAGCUCUAGAACAAGACAAAGUGAUGCCGCCGGCCUUAUGUCCCGGUCGUCAUGAAAUUGACGACGUAGCCCUGGAUGCUUCGCCAUCUGAAAACCUGCUCAUGCGUCUGCCAAUCGAGAUUCGCAUCGACAUCUACAAAUACAUGAUUAUGAAUCCUAAUGGCUCCAGCUACCAUACGACUGCCUACAGCUUCUCCGCGGAAAGAGGCUAUUCAUUUUAUACUGUCAAUAACGCAUGCCCAAGUCUGUAUGACCUAUCUAUACUUCGAACAUCUAGGAAAACGAGAAAAGAAGUUCUAGAAGUGUUCUACGAAAACAACAUCUUCUGCAUUGCACCCUUUCGGAAUCAUCGCUACUCUGGCUCUGGAUAUGAACCUACUGGUCUGUUAUCGUUUGGCAACAUUCAACACCUGUGCUUAGACUUAUGGCAUACUUCAAAAUACGAUGCCGAUAAUGAAACAACUAUGUUCUACAACAUGGUCAACAUCAUCGCUCACAUGUCAGAUUUCUUGACUAUGAAAUCAAUUACACUUAUUAUCAAUGCCAGCACAUUUACAAGGGACUUGUUUGUCGAGGGCUUGCCGUCUUCCAAAUUAGGAUUCGAAGCCAGCAAGUAAGAGCUGAGGCCACCGGGAAUGGCCCACUUAAGCGAGACGCGGUAACGCGUAAAAAUUCUACACCCCAUUUUAAAACCCUUACUACACAACAACCCUCUUAGGAAUCAG